AAAGUCACGUGGGCGAGCCGUCGCUAACCUGGAGAGACGGGGCCUUGUCACGUGACCCGGGACCAGCCUCGCAUCAGGGAUGGAGUCGGAAGAGGGGACGCCCUUGUGGCAGCUGCAGAAGCUGCCCACCGAGCUGGGCCCGCAGCUUCUUCACAAAAUAAUUGAUGGCAUUUGUGGCCGGGCUUAUCCUCUCUACCAGGAUUAUCACAGUGUUUGGGAUUCAACAGAAUGGGUACACAUUCUAGAAGAUACUGCCACAUUUUUCAAAGUUAUAGUGGGUAAAAAUUUAUCUGAUGAAGAGAUAUCUCAGCAGUUGAAUCAGUUGAAUUCAUUUCAUCAAGAAGCGAUCAUGAAAUGCUUGAAAAGUAGAAAAGAUGAAAUCAGACAGGCUCUCUUAGGAGAAAUAGUUGAUAUUUCCUCUGCACAGCUUCAGGAUUUUGAUUGGCAGUUAAAGCCAAUUACAGUGAUGAACCAAAUGAAGCAAAAUAAGUUGAGCAGAGGUAAUGUAAAUAGAGGAUUUUUUUAUUUAGAUAAAGCCAACUACAGAUUUAAAAGGUAAGAGAGAUAUGCUAAUGGUAACAUAUAUGAGAAGUUUUUGUUGCUUUGGUUUAACAAAGGCAGCUUGAGUCAACAGUAUGUUGAUUUGGUACAGGUAGUCCUGGGCUUAUGAGGGGGUUAUGCUCUAAGGAGUCCAUUGUAAGUUGAUUCUGAUGGAAGUCUAGUACUUCUUUUUUUUUGUUUUCACUGUUAUUGCUUUUUAUUAUCAGUAUCUUUAUAAAUUUGAUCUUUAUUUGUCUUUGGGGGUUAGACACAUUACAUAGAAAACUACUGACAUAUUUUAAUAUAUACCUAAAGAAAUACACAAAUCAUAAAAUUUACUCUGACACUGAAAAAGAGUUGGUCAACGUUGGCAUUUUGUCAGUUGUCAUAAUUCCACUUGUAGAAGGUUCUGGAUCACCUGGAUUAUUCCUGGGAAUGGGGACGACGUUUCUAGUCAGAAAAUUAGUGUGGGUUAUCUGUACAAUCCUUUUAUUUUUUUCUUCCUAUAUUUUGUGGUAAUAUCUUACUGCUUCCCAGAUCUGCCUGUCAACUUUAACAAAGUGAUCAGUGCUUGGGUCCAUGUUUUCAAGCAGCCGAAGGUCCUGAUUUAGUUUAGAAAAAACUCUAGCUAAUCCUUUCACUGUAAAAUUUUUUGGUAACAUCUUUCCUUCCUCUUCCUUAUUGCUUGUUGCUCAGCAUUUCUUUCCUCUUUAAAAUCCAUUAAGUCCUUAUCUGCCAAUUCUCCUUCCUGAUCUAUGAGCUAUUCCACUUUGGCAACAUCAAGUUCUAAAUUCAGUGUCUUAUGAGUGAUUUUUCCACUGAUCUCUUCCAUCAUUUUAUCCUGAUCAGAUGCUUGGGGCAUGUUCACAUAACUCAGCAAUUUUUGUCAUAUCCCCGGAAUGUAUUUCCUGUAACUUCCUCCCAGGAAGAUGCAGUGAUCCAGAUGCAGUGAUGGUUGUAAAUGUGGUUCAUUGUAACUCGAACACAUUAUAAAUCAAGGACUACCUGUAUUGUAUUUUGUUGGUGGAAAUGCAGUAUUUCAAGGAAAGUGUAGUUCUAGUAUAUUAUGUUUUGGACAAUUAAUCCUUUUUAGUUAGUUUAAUAAUCUUUUUUACUUGUGACUGCCAAACUUUAGGAGAUAUUUAAACAAAUUAGAACCCAACCAGAAAAGAAUGACCAACAUCUUAAAAUCAUGUUAACAUGAAGUUCCGUAAGACCAUUUCCGAUGAGAAAACCAAGUAGAAAUAUGACAGUUCUCUUUAAAGGACUAAAAGUCAUAUGGAGGGGGAAAUAAAUGUAUUCUGUAUAGAUACAGAGGCUAGGAGAAGAGCUAAGGUACAUCAUUUGCAAUAAGAUGGAUUUGAAUUCAACAUAGGGAAAAACUUUUUAACAACUCUCAGUAUCUCAAAAUUAUUUUGUCCUUUUGAGGUAGCAUGUUACUCAUCAUAGGUGGCAUUCAAGUAUAGGCUGAGAAACAACUUACACCCACUCACUUACUCAUAUGGUUAGUUCCAAAGACCAGGUUGUUAUGUGAAAAUUUGCAUUAUGCAAGAAUGGAAGGGGACCACAUCAGAUCACAAAAUACAGGAUAAGUAUUAUAUCAUUGCAUAACUGCCAAACCACUGAGAAUCAUAAGAUAGAUAACCUGAAGGUGAUACUUUCAAAUCUCAGAUAUUCUGAGUCCUUUUUGGAGAGAAAAUGGAGGAGAUAUGUAAGGAUUGCAUUUUUGUGUGUGUAUGUGUGUGCUUUAGGUGAACGUUUAUAGCUCAAGUUAAUUUCUCAUUCAAAAAGUUUUUACACAUACUGUUUUUGUGACAUUGGUUGCAAUCCCCACAAUGUGACAGCACACUCCCUCUUUCCACCCUGGGUUUCCCUUUGCCCAUUCAUCCAGUUGCUGUCUGUUCCCACCUUCUCAUCUUGCUUUUGGACAGGAGUUGCCCAUUUGGUCUCGUAUAUUAGAUUGAACUAAGAAGCACGUUCCUCACGUGUAUUAUUUUUUGUUUUAUAGUUCUGUCUAACCUUUGAGAAGUCAGCUUCAGGAAUGGUUUCAGUUCUGGGUUAGCAGAGUGUCCAUGGGCCAUAGUUUCAGGGGUUCCUUCAGUCUCUAUCAGACCAAUAAGUCUGGCCUUUGUGUGUGUGUGUGUGUGUGUGUGUGUGAAUUUCAAUUCUGUUCUACCUUUUUCUCCUCUGUCCAGGACUCUCUGUUGUGAUCCCUAUCAGGGCGGUUGUUGGUGGUCGCUGGGCACCGUCCAGUUAUUCUGGUUUCAGGCUGGUGGAGUCUCUGGCUCGUGAGGUCCUUUAGCCCUUUGGGCUAAUAUUUUCCUUGUGUCUUUGGUUUUCUUCAUUCUCCUUUGCGCCGGAUAGGAUGGGACCAAUAGAUGGAGAUGCGUGAGGAUUUGAUUCUAUAGCAGAUACUGCAGGGAGGAUCCUUUGAGGUUGGUUGUUAGGGAAGGAACCUUUUAUCAAUACACAAGUAAUUUUUGCCAGUGGUGGUGCUCCAAAUAAGGAUUCAAUUAUUGUGGAGUUUUUGGCUCAGAUUCCAAGAAAAUUGAGUUUCCUUUUGGCAUUUGCCACUGAAGCUACAGAGCUUGUUUCAAAAAUAUUAGUACCAUAAAUACUUGAUUCUUCCACUUCCCUUAAGAUAUUCAGUGGAAACAGAAAAGUAAGAAGUAAGGUAAGUAUCUUGAGGAUUUUUGUUGGGUGGUUGUAUUGAAGACGGUGGAUAGAUAACAUUUAUCAACAGUUUAGUAGACAGCUGAUCAUGAAUUAGCAUCUUAAUAUCUUAGCAUUUAUCGGUGCUUUAGUCUCAUUUAUUUUCGUAAAUGGACUUUCGUCCUCUUGGUGGCUUCACCCUUUGUUAAGAGUUCUGCUGCUUGUUACAUUUGUCCCAUCCAGUAUUUCCCAGCAAUAGCUCCACUCUAGAUACCUGCUUCUGCUGUAAAACUGCUGACUUCAUGGUUUUUUUUUUUUUUGCUGACUUACUUUCUCUCUGGUGUUCAUUCUUCUUUCUCUUUCUGUCGCUCAAAUAUGUGUUGUUUUGGCAUGGGUUUAAUUUAUUUCUUCGACUUUGCCUUAUACUUGGCAGCAAACAGGAGUACUUUUUUUUUUUUUUAACGUAUUGUUAUUAAGCUCUGAUGCAUAUUUAGU